GACAAUGGGAUGCACUCUAUCAGUGAACUUGCAUUUACAGUAAAAAUGCUUUCAUUUCCCAUAAUUGUUAUGCAAUUAUUUCUCUCGUGUUUCUCAAACUCGACAAAAAUGAUAGUCAACUCAUUUAACAAAAGAUGUCCCGAGAAAUAUGUUUCAUUUCUAUCGCAAAUCACAUUCAAUUGGUUUAAUGAACUCAUUUUCAAGGGAUACCGAAAACCAUUGACACCUAAAGACAUGUGGUCUUUGGAUAUUCACAACACCACUGAUUAUAUAUACAGAAAAUUCAAUAAUAUUUGGUCACAAUUGACAGAAAGGAAAAGUAAAUCACAAAAAGAUAACCAAAAGAUACUUUACAUCAAGAUUUUGAUUCCUCUGAUAAAGUGUUUUUGGAUGGAGUUAUUGACUGUAAGUGCAGUCAAACUGAUCUCCAGUUGUCUGGCAUUCAUUAACCCUAUAGUACUCGAUAGACUCAUUACAUUCAUGAGUCCCUCUAAUGCUGAGCCCCAGUGGAGGGGUUUGUUCUACGCCUCCCUUCUGUUUAUUACUCCUAUGUUUGAGUCUCUAUUAAACAGUCAAUACGAAUAUCGGGUUAAUUUAGUGGCGAUGAAAAUCAGAGCUACUCUUAUAUCAAUUAUUUAUAAAAAGAGUUUAAAGUUAUCGAGUUGUGGUCGAAAGGAUUUCACUUCGGGUGAAAUAGUAAACCUGAUGUCUGUCGACAUUCAACGCAUACUAGACUUUAUAGUGAUCGCAAACCUAGUUUGGUCGGCGCCCUUUCAGAUCACAAUUGCUUUAAUCCUAUUGUGGCAACAAUUAGGUGUCGCAACUCUCGCCGGUCUCAUAUUUUUGAUCAUUUUAAUGCCAUUCAAUGGAUAUAUGGCUAAUAAAGUGAGGAAAUAUCAAGUGAUUCAAAUGGAGGUCAAGGAUCAGAGGGUUAAACUCAUGAGCGAAAUAUUAAACGGUAUAAAAGUAUUGAAAUUGUAUGCCUGGGAGAAGGCGUUCAGAGACCAAGUGGUCAGCGCCAGGGAUAAGGAGGUGAAUGCGCUGAACAAAGUUGCCAUAUAUGAGGGCGCAAUGAUAUUCACGUUUGUAUCAGCUCACUUCUUCGUCGGUUUAUUCAGUUUUAUGACAUUUGUCUUAAUGUCUUCCGAGAAUAUUCUGGAUCCAAACAAAGCUUUUGUUUCGUUGUCUUUGUUUAAUAUAAUGAGUAAUAAUUUAACUAAAUUUAAAUUAAAUAAAAAUGAUGUGAUUUAUUGUGUAUUUCUAGGACUUCCCCUCGGAUUUACUCCAAUAUUAUUAUCAAAGGGCGCUCUGUGUUUGGUAUCCCUUAACAGAAUCGAUGACUUCAUGAAUGCCAACACAAUUGACAGCAACACUAUUUAUAAAGAUAAAUAUACGACUAAAUCAAUAAUCCUUAAGAAUUCAACAUUUUCUUGGAAUAAAGAGUCCGGUUCUCCGGUUCUGAAGAAUAUAUCGCUGGAAGUGUUUGAACCGAAAUUAGUGGCUGUCUGGGCGCCGGGAAGUCAUCGCUUUUAUCGGCACUUUUGGGUGAAUUGGAAAUUCUUGAGGGANCUUUUAUCGGCACUUUUGGGUGAAUUGGAAAUUCUUGAGGGAAAGGCUUGUGUUAAGGGAAGUGUUGCUUAUGUACCACAAGAGGCAUGGAUUCAGAAUAAGACACUCAAAGAGAAUAUUGUAUUCACUAAUGAAUUGAAUGAUGAAUACUAUGAACGAGUGCUCGAAUCGUGUGCUUUAGUGCCAGACUUGGCUGUCCUUCCGGACAGAGAUCUGACAGAAAUCGGGGAAAAAGGUAUUAAUUUAUCCGGCGGUCAGAAACAGAGGGUUUCAAUGGCGAGGGCUGUCUAUUCCAACCGAGAUAUCUAUUUACUCGACGAUCCGUUGAGCGCUGUGGACACACAUGUGGGCAAACAUUUGUUUGAAAAAACUAUUGGAAGAAACGGUUUAUUAAAAGACAAGAUAAGGAUUUUGGUAACAAAUUGUGUCUCUAUUUUGCCAAAUGUGGACCAAAUUGUGGUCAUAAAGAAUGGAUACUUCUCUGAAUCGGGAACCUUUGAAGAGUUGAUUUCAAAAAAUGGUUAUUUCGCCGAAUUUGUGACCGAAUAUUUGAUGGAAGAGUCGGACAAUGAACUCGAAAAUGGAGACAAAGAAACUAUUAAUGAAUUGAGAGAACGAAUGAAACCUAUGAUUGAAAAAUCGAUUGAAGAAUCCAUUUGUCAAUCGAUUGGCGGAUCCUUUAGGUCUGGAUAUGGAAGCGAUGGCAUCAGGAAAAGAGUCUCAAAGAAAACAUCGAGUCUUUUAAGUGAAAAAACUUUAAAUAAUAUGAGAAAUGAAAAUAAUAUUAAACAAAAAUCAAUGAUAAAAACAAGUGGAAAGUUAACCGAAACCGAGAGCUCAGAGACGAGUUCUGUCGGACUUAAAGUAUACAAAAAAUAUAUUUAUUUAAUUGGUUUGUGGUUUUGUGCUGUGAUUACUGUGUCAUCCGUCGCCUCAACAAUGGCUCAGAUAUUAUCGGGCCUUUGGCUGAGCGAGUGGUCCGACGACUCUCUGGACGCCAAUAAAAUAAAUGACACAAAUCUUCGUUACGUAAGGCUUGGAGUUUACGCCGGAAUCGGUGUCUUUGACACUGUUUUCAAUUUAAUCGCAAACAUAUGCGUGAGUUUGGGAUGUAUUAGAGCUGCGAAACACUUGCAUAACAUUAUGUUAGACCGGAUAUUAAGAGCGCCAAUACUUUUCUUCGACACGACACCGAUUGGAAGAAUCCUGAAUCGGUUCAGUCGAGACAUGGAUUCGGCAGAUGUUUCACUUGUGUUCAGUCUUCGGAUGACAAUAUCACUGUUUUUAAGGACAUUUGUCGCCGUAUUUAUGAUUAGUUUGGAGACGCCUAUCAUAUUGACGGCAAUCCUUCCCUUGUCUUGCAUUUAUUAUUUCAUUCAAAAGAUAUAUAUUCGGAGCUCUCGUCAACUCAAACGCAUUGAGUCGACCACUCGUUCCCCUAUUUAUAGUCAUUUCAGUAAAACAGUCAGCGGUUCCACAAGUAUUAGAGCGUAUGGAGUGUCCGAUCAGUUCAUACAGGAGUCCAAUAGACGGGUCGAUGAAAAUCAUAUGUGUUAUUAUCCAAGUUUUACAGCCGCGCGAUGGCUGGCCAUUAGACUUGAAUUCUUGGGCUAUUGUAUAGUAUUCUUGUCGGCAGUAUUUGCUGUGUUUUAUCGAUACAAACUAAGUCCAGGUAUUGCGGGUCUGGCUAUUAGUUAUUCACUUAAUAUAACGAGUGUUUUGACAUCAUUUAUGAAAUCGGCGUCAGAUCUCGAAACUAAUAUCGUUUCGGUUGAGAGAUGUCUUGAAUACACAGAAACUCCGACAGAAGCCGAGGGGUACGACGAGUUGACUAAACUUUCGCCCGAUUGGCCCGAAAGGGGAGAAAUAAAGUUCAUUGAAUACAGCACAAGAUAUAGAGAAGGAUUGGAUUUAGUGCUCAAAAAGAUUACAUUAGAAGUUCGGCCCAAAGAGAAGGUGGGAAUAGUCGGCAGAACGGGUGCCGGAAAGUCAUCGCUAACUCUGGCAAAACGCAUUGAGUCGACCACUCGUUCCCCUAUUUAUAGUCAUUUCAGUGAAACAGUUAGCGGUUCCACAAGUAUUAGAGCGUAUGGAGUGUCCGAUCAGUUCAUACAGGAGUCCAAUAGACGGGUCGAUGCAAACCAUAUGUGUUAUUAUCCAAGCUUUACAGCCGCGCGAUGGCUGGCCAUUAGACUUGAAUUCUUGGGCUAUUGUAUAGUAUUCUUGUCGGCAGUAUUUGCUGUGUUUUAUCGAUACAAACUAAGUCCA